GUGGCAGUGACGUCAAUGCCGGAGACGACCCGGAUCGGAACUUAAACUCCUGUGGGUUGAUUAGUUUUCACCAGAAGCAUCGAGGGUUCUCGAAAUAUGAAGUAAUACUGAUUCAAUUUCCGGAGACAUGUAUGUACCUGAGUCCAUGACGGAUAACGUUAGCCUACCUUGGAUGUGAGUUUCUCUGCACACCGGGAGGUCUUCCUAAUCACCCAUCACAAACGAUAGAGGAGGAGUACCGGCAUCCCUAGGUUGUUACUGGUCUUCAGCGGGCUGGUGACUCUUUAACAGUGGUAGGAUGACGUGCCGUGACCGGACCCUCGAAUUCCAGUCGGCCUGUAAAUCUCUCCAGGGCAGACAGAAUGGAGUCCAGCCCAGUAAACCAGCUCACAGUGCUCUCAGGCAGCGCAGCGACUUCACAGUUAUGGCCAAGAGAAUUGGAAAAGACUUGAGCAAUACUUUUGCCAAACUGGAAAAGCUCACUAUUUUGGCAAAAAGGAAUUCUCUAUUUGACGACAAGGCAGUGGAGAUCGAGGAGCUAACGUACAUCAUUAAACAAGACAUUAACAGCCUAAAUAAACAGAUAGCACAACUGCAGGACCUGGUGAGGUCUCGUGGAGCUCCUGGUGGUCGACACAUCCAAACCCACUCUAACACGAUAGUGGUGUCUUUACAAUCCAAACUGGCUUCAAUGUCCAAUGACUUCAAAUCAGUCCUCGAAGUCAGAACAGAGAACCUGAAGCAGCAGCGGAGCAGGAGAGAGAAGUUCUCCCAGCCUCCUGUCUCAUCUUCACCACUGAUGGCCAGCAACUUCAGGAGCCGCAAAAAAGGUGCCCAGGAGCCGCAUGCAGCUCGCGAGCCGCGCAAUGACUACCAGGGCUAUACAACCUCAAAUUUAAAAGAGAGCUCGGUCCUGAUGCAGGAUGAAUCCCGGAGUCAGGGGGAUGUGGCCAUCGACAUGGACUCGCAAAGCAAUCCCUUGCAGCUCCAGCUUAUUGAUGAGCAGGACUCGUACAUCCAGAGCCGUGCCGACACCAUGCAGAACAUUGAGAGCACCAUUGUGGAACUAGGCUCAAUAUUCCAGCAGCUGGCACACAUGGUCAAGGAGCAAGAGGAGACCAUCCAGAGGAUCGAUGCUAACGUGGAGGACACCCAGCUGAACGUGGAGGCAGCCCACACAGAAAUCCUCAAAUAUUUCCAGUCGGUCUCCUCAAAUCGCUGGCUGAUGAUCAAGAUCUUUCUCGUCCUCGUCGUCUUCUUCAUCAUCUUCGUUGUCUUCUUUGCCUAAGUGACUGAGAGGAGGGAAAAAGCCCACAUUGAGGGGGAGUAAAACUGAAAGGGUGUUCCCAGAUGACUCAUUUGAAAGACGGACUUCUCUAUCAAAGCGACAGUUUAAUGAAGACUUGGGAUUCACCCAGAUGAAUACAGACUUGUUGGUUAUUCCCAAGCUACUUACUCUCGAUCUAAUUUCAACACUUCAAUGAAGAUGCUGAACUCUUCACUUGGAGAACUCUACACUUCAAAUGAAAAUAAUAAAUUAUCUAGAAAUACCCACUUUGUAUAGAGAGCAGACACCUGCUCUGUAUUGUACUUUGACCAACUAUUUGUAAAAAAUUUCAAAUGGCUUUAAUGGUUUGAUUCUACAAACUGUCUUUUUAAUUUAGAUUUUCUUUGUUCCUGUUUUCUAUGUCGUCCAUUAUUAUUACAAAUCUAAACAACUCAAUUGAACUUUAUCCUUUUGCUUCUUAGUUUACUUAUGUUUAAUGGAAAAGCAUGACUCAUUUCUCAGUUUCUCACUUGUCUCCAUUUAGUUAUGAUGUGAAAUUGUAUCCAGUUAUAUUUUGUUUCCUUUCAGAGUUUAUUUGCCAAAUAGGUACAAUUCUUAAACUGUAACAUAAUACCAACACACUUGCUGUGGUCUGGCAUUUUGUGGCCUGCAGUUUACAGCCAACUGAAGGGAACUUUAAUGCUAUAGUUCAGGCACAGGCUGUCUGAAAUGUUGUGUAUCAACACUGUUUUGAUUAAAACAAUUAGGUUGCCAGUUAGGUUGGUCAAAUGGUCGGAACGGUGUCAACCUCACACUUUCAGUGCUGCAGAGAGACUUCAGUGUACAGUGUGAGUAAAGGAUUUGAACAAAAUCCAGGUUUGAGAUCAGUGCUUAUGAAGGGGGUUCGCUGGUUGUGGACGCCCACUAAAGAAGUGACUCAAUCAGCAAGAUUCCCUGAAGUGUCUGAUUGGAUGUCACUCUUGUUGUUUCCCCUCUUUAUCUAAUGUACAGAUUAUUUAAAUGACCAUGACUUUUUAAGAACCAAAAACGUUCUUCCUAUCCCCCCCUGUCUAUUUUUUAAGCCAGAUGCCUUGACUUUAGUGUACAAAGUGCAAAUAGUGAUGAUGAAGUACUAAUAAGAAAGUGCAUAUUAAUAAAACAUUAAUGGGA